CCAGAGUGAGCCUGCAGAAGUGGACAUUGACAGUGUCCGAGUUCAAACGGUGAUGUCCCGAAGCUGAGCCUUGGACGCCAGGUGCGUAAUUCGCCCUAACGACCUUGACAUCGUCCUCGACCGUUCGAGUUUCUUCUGAUUCCAAACGCCAAAAUGCAGCCGCAGUACCACCAGGGCGUUGUCCCCGGAGCCGCCCCUGGCCAUUAUCCGCCCCCACCUGGAGGCUACCACCCCCAGCAGCCGUACAACCCGCAGCAGCAGAUGGGGAUGCCACCGUCUGGGCCCGGCGGCCCGCUAAAACCACCUGGGCCAGCCCAAGGGCCUCCUGGAGCAGCACCCAUGCCUCAAUACCAUCAGCCGCCCUUCCAGAAUGGAAUGCAUCCAGCAACAUCUCCAGCUGGACCUCCGAACACACAAUUUCCUCCGAGAGGGCCUGCACCCCCACAACCACAGGGACAAGGACAGCCCCCGUUGACGAACCAGAUGGCAGGACUAAGUCUCUCUGGCCCUCCUACUCAGCAACAUGCUAUGGCACCUCAAAUGGGCCAACAGCCUCCCUGGAGUCCUCAAGGACCACCACAACAAAUGGGCCCUCCGCCUCCAGGCGCCCAGCCGCCUCCGCAUGUUAGCCAACCGCCUCAACCAGGAAUGCCUCCUCGACCCGGAAUGCCUCCUCAGCAACCCUAUGUAAAUGGCUCGUCGGCACCACCCCAAAUGCCGCCUCACGGGGGCAUGCAGCCUCCUCCUGGCCAUUACCAGCCGCCGCAAGGUUCGAUGCCCCCCAUGCCAGGUGCUCAGCCACCGUCGAUGGGUGGAAUGCCGCCCCCUGGAGGGAUGAUGCCUCCGAAAAUGGGCCAGCCACCGAUGGGACCUCCAGGGGCCCAUAUGGCUUCGCCCAGUGGGCCAAUGCCGCCCCCUGGCCAGCAAAUGCAGCCGCCUCCGGGCGCAGGGAUGGCUGGACCGCAGGGCUACCAGCAGGGACAAAUGCCCCCUAGACCUGGCUUCCCUCCCCAGCCUCAAAUGGAUCCCUACGGAAGACCCAUGCCCCAGCAGCCAGCCUAUCAGCAGCAGCCGCAGCAAAGCAAAAGGCUUGACCCUGACCAAAUGCCAAGUCCAAUACAGCAUGCGAUGCCAGGGCAGUUUUCUGGCGACUUAAUUAACGUGUUUGAGCAGGUCAUGGCUGAAGACGAAAAGGCCAAGGGUGGAAUUUUCUACACUAAUCAACGUGGAGCGGUUCCUCCAUUGGUGACCACAAGUUUUGUGACCGUCGACCAAGGCAAUGCGGGACCACGCUACAUCCGUUCCACAAUGUACAAUGUGCCAGCAACCAUCGACAUGAUGAAACAAACUUCUAUUCCCUUCGGCUUGAUGAUAAGUCCAUUUGCGGAGCAGGCACCUGAGGAACUGCCGCCUCCGAUUGUUGAUUUCGGUGAAAUGGGACCUGUUCGUUGCAUCCGGUGCAAAGCUUACAUGAGCCCUUUGAUGCAGUUUGUGGACGGCGGGCGUAGAUUCCACUGCCUUUUGUGCAAAGCAACCUCCGAGGUUCCUGCCGAGUAUUUCCAGCAUCUGGACCACACAGGCCAGAGAGUUGACCGUCUUGAGCGGCCAGAACUGUCUCUUGGCACUUACGAAUAUGUCGCCACUGCUGAUUACUGCAGGAACAACACAUUCCCGAAACCACCAGCAAUCGUUUUCCUCAUUGACGUCUCCUACAACAAUGUGAAGAGUGGCAUGGUGCACUUGCUGUGUCGAGAGAUGAAGAACAUAAUUCACAACCUCCCCAUUGAUGUUGGCCAAGAAAAGUCUAAUAUGAAGGUUGGCUUCAUCACUUAUGGCAGCGCCGUCAAUUUCUACAACAUUAAGGGCACACUUGCUCAACCAAAAAUGCUUUCUGUUGGUGAUGUCAACGACAUGUUCAUGCCUCUCCUGGACGGUUUCCUGUGCGAACCUGGGGAGUCAGAGGAAAUCAUCGACAGUUUGAUGGAGCAAAUUCCCACCAUGUUUGCCGAAUCAAGGGAAACCGAAACAAUUUUAGCUCCUGCUAUUCAAGCUGGCCUGGAGGCGCUCAAGGCAUCCGGGUGUGCAGGAAAACUGUUGGUAUUCCACUCAUCUCUUCCAAUUGCUGAAGCGCCUGGCAAGCUGAAGAAUAGAGACGACCGAAAAUUGUUAGGAACAGAAAAGGAAAAAACCAUUUUGUGUCCGCAAAACACUUUUUACAACAAUUUGGGACAGGAAUGUGUCUUAGGAGGUGUCAGUGUUGACCUGUUUCUCCUGAACAACUCUUAUGUGGAUUUGGCCACCAUCGGCCAGGUCAGUCGACUGACUGGAGGUCAAAUCUACAAAUACACCUACUUCCAAGCUGACGUCGACGGCCCAAGGCUCAUUGCUGACGUCACACAUAAUGUCUCGAGACAUGUCGCAUUCGACUCCAUUAUGAGAAUCCGCACUUCAACAGGCGUACGACCCACCGACUUUUACGGACACUACUUCAUGUCUAACACCACAGAUAUGGAACUUGCUGCCAUUGAUUCCGACAGAGCUGUAGCGAUCGAAGUGAAACAUGACGACAAACUCACUGAAGAGGAAGGAGUGUUCAUUCAAGUGGCACUUUUGUACACAUCAGUUGGUGGUCAGCGACGCCUGAGAAUUCUCAACCUCGCCCUCAAAACCUGCACACAGAUGGCUGACCUGUACCGUUCUUGUGACCUUGACACAAUCGUCAAUUUCUUGGCCAAACAAGCAAUGUUCAAAAUACUGGACAACACACCAAAGGCUGUCAAGGACAAUCUGGUGUCUCGCUGUGCACAGAUGUUGGCCUGUUACCGCAAGAACUGCGCCAGCCCCUCUUCGGCCGGCCAGUUGAUCUUGCCCGAGUGCAUGAAGCUGCUGCCCUUGUAUGCCAACUGUCUGCUCAAGAGCGACGCCCUUUCCGGCGGCUCGGAUAUCACCAUCGAUGACCGCUCGUUCAAUAUGGCCGCCGUUCUAACCAUGGAUGUGCUUUCCUCCCUGGCAUAUUUCUACCCGCGGCUGCUACCUGUGCAUGAUCUUGACCCUGAUCAGCACACUUUGCCACAGCCAAUUCGCUGCUCUUCGGACAAACUGCGCGACGAUGGUGUUUUCUUGCUAGAAAAUGGAAUUGUCAUGUUCUUGUGGGUUGGGUCAGCGGUGUCUCAGGAGUGGACACACAACGUCUUCGGUGACCAUCAUGUAGCAAAAGUUGAGAUCGACCCUACAUCACUACCAGUCUUCGACAAUCCAACUUCGAAACGGCUUAGACAGGUCAUUGACCUUGUCAGGAUGCAGAGACCGCGGUCAAUGAAGAUGGCGAUUGUGCCACAGAGGGACAAGUUGGAGAUGCUGGUGAAGCGCUUCUUGGUGGAGGACCGUGGCGUUGACGGGUCAGCAUCGUACGUCGACUUUUUGUGCCACAUGCAUAAAGAAAUCAGAAACCUGCUCACGUAAAGACUCCAGAAGUAUUACACGGUUCCCAUAAGCAGCCCUUGCUGAUGGGCCAGUCUGCCCCUUCUCAUGUCCGAAGGCGUCCGGACUGGCCCUUGUGAUAUAAAAAAAAACACUUCUUGAGAGCAAUUGGCCCGGACGAGGACUUUGUUUGAAAACCGAGUGUGAAUGAAAGAGAAGAGUCUACGUAUUUGGUUUCUUAUUAUUUUUGGUCGUCGAAGGGUAUAAGUGCACCUGAGUUGUAUUCAGUUCUCUCGUUGUGACUUGUUGAGGUAUCAUGAUUAAUUUUUAGUGCUAUGAGGUUCUUUUAAUUCAAUCCUCCAGUUAUUAUCCUGUUCUGUCACACUUGCGAUCACCUUCUUCGUAUUGAUUUAAAAAAUACAUAUGUUUAUUAUUAAAAGAAA